AAGACAGCUGUCGCUGUCACUUGCGUCAUCUAUCCCUUCAAAUCCCCCACUAAAAAUAAAUUAUAAAUCCCACUUGCUGGGUUAUCAAGGCAACAUUAGUCAUAUCUUGCAGUAAUUGUAAAUAAUACGAUCGAGUAAAUUCUACAACAUUCAAAAUGAUCCAGUUUAAGUUUACAGUGAUAUUCAUAAACUUUCUUCUUGUGCUCAAGUUAACCUACGCAACAGAUACUAGUCAAGUGUCUACAAAUGAAAGACAAAACCGUGGAUCGAUAUCCGAAGAGACAAUACAGUCGCAAUUGAUAAAUACUUACGGCAGCAAGUAUGACCGUAUGUUACAGAAACUUUCAAGGUCGAAAAGACUGGCCGAGGGUAAUUCCAGCGAAUCAAGUAGUAUUGCUAGUGAAAAUGGAAACUCGUCUACAAGUUCUACAGAAAGCCCGCACGUCGUUUAUGAAUUCGGUGCCUCAAAUACUUCCUUAUUUGCGGUGGUGCCAGUUAACGCUUCGCCCUCGGCACCUCCCAAUGCGUCCUCCGUAGGACCUUCCGACGCGGCACCAUUGCCGGAAAAAAGUUCCGCCGAGGAUGAACACAACAGCUCUAUGGCUAUAUUCUUCGUAUUGUGUAUUUUGGCUCUCGGAAUUCUUUUGAUACACAUUAUGCUCCAAACUGGUUUCUCCUACCUGCCUGAGAGUGUUGUUAUUGUUUUCCUCGGAGCUCUAAUCGGAAUGAUCAUAAAUAUGAUGUCCAUUCGUAACAUAGCGAAUUGGCGUAAAGAAGAAGCCUUCUCACCCACAGCUUUCUUUUUGGUUCUUUUGCCUCCUAUCAUAUUUGAGUCUGGAUACAAUUUACACAAAGGUAACUUUUUCCAAAAUAUUGGUUCAAUAUUGCUAUUUGCUAUUGUUGGCACAGCAAUAUCUGCGUUUGUUAUUGGAGCUGGAAUUUAUUUGUUGGGGCUAGCACAGGUGGUGUACAAGUUGAGUUUUGUGGAAUCCUUUGCCUUUGGUUCCCUUAUAUCUGCUGUGGACCCCGUGGCUACAGUGGCUAUAUUUCAUGCAUUGGAUGUGGACCCCGUGUUGAACAUGUUGGUAUUUGGAGAGAGUAUACUGAAUGAUGCUGUGGCUAUUGUCUUGACGACUGCUGUGCUUGACUCCAAUGAUCCAUUUAUGUCCACUGGAGAGGCAAUACUAUCUGCCAUUAAUAGGUUUUGGUUAAUGUUCUUUGCAUCUGCCGGCAUUGGUGUCGUCUUUGCACUGGUCAGUGCUCUCCUAUUAAAACAUGUUGAUUUACGCAAGAAUCCAUCUCUUGAGUUUGGUAUGAUGCUGGUUUUUACUUAUGCACCUUAUGUUCUGGCAGAGGGGAUACAUCUGUCAGGUAUCAUGGCAAUUCUAUUCUGUGGUAUUGUGAUGUCUCACUACACCCACUUCAACCUGUCCACCGUGACACAAGUGACCAUGCAGCAGACCAUGAGGACAUUGGCUUUCAUUGCUGAGACUUGUGUCUUUGCCUACUUGGGAUUAGCCAUUUUCAGUUUCAAGCACCGUGUGGAACCGGCACUGGUGGUCUGGAGUCUGGUGAUGUGUCUCCUUGGCAGGGCUGCCAACAUAUUCCCGCUGGCGCUACUCUGCAAUAAGUUCAGGGAGCACAAAAUCACCAAGAAAAUGAUGUUUAUCAUGUGGUUCAGUGGUCUCCGUGGCGCCAUAUCGUACGCGCUGUCCCUCCACCUCGGGUUCUCGGAUGAGACGCGGCACGUCAUCAUAACGACCACUCUUAUCACCGUGCUUUUCACCACGCUCUUCUUUGGCGGAUCUACUAUGCCCCUGUUGAAGUUCUUACGGGCCAACAAGAAAACAAAGAAGUCGCGGUCAUUGCGUAAGCAGAAGGAAGUGAGCUUGUCCAAGACAAAGGAGUGGGGCCAGGCCAUCGACUCAGAGCACCUGUCGGAAAUAACCGAGGAGGAACUCGAGGUAAAUUACUCGCAUGCGACCCGCCUGCGCGGCUUCGUCAGGCUCGACAUUAAAUACCUGAUCCCGUUCUUCACGAGGAGGUUCACGCACCAGGAACUGAAGGACUGUAAAAGCCAGAUGACAGACCUGACCAACCAGUGGUACCAGGCCAUAAGAAUAACAAACGAUCGUGAAACAGACGAAGAAGACAUCCUACCGCAGAGCUCUCUCUCUAACUCCAACACCAGUCUCCAGAGGGGAGUCUAAGAUAUGUCUGUAGCGCCAUCCAGUAAGCUAUGAUAGAUCGGGUCACUCGUGAAGACGCAUUCCUUGGUUCGUAUUAUUAAUGUUAAAUUGCUAGAUUUGACAAACCCUGGCGUCAUCGUGAAUGACGCAAUCUGAAAUGAUGUUAUUAAUAUAAGUAAAUGAAUAGAUAGAUGAAUAAUGAAGACUACUAAAAUCAGUUUUAUAAUAAAUUAAAUUAAGGAACACUAAGGAGAUCACAGCUUAAAAUGUUAUGCAUUAGGAUAUUUAAGAUUCUUUACUAAUGAAAUAGUUCUUAUGCAUAUUAACCAUAAGGACCAAUCUUUGUUUAAAAGUCACAUUUAUGAAAUGAAAACCUUAAUAUUUAGUGACAUCAUGAUUUGGAACUCUGUUUAUAUGGAUAUUCGGAAGUUUUUAUCAUUCACCUAUCUAUUGGUAAAUGUUUAAGAUAUUGAUUUAAUCAAUGUUGAUUGUCUGUACUUGUAUGUUGAACGUAUAUUUGUGAUUUUUUGAUUAUUAUAGAUAAUUAUAAUUUGUUAUAUUUGUAAUUACAAUUGAGUAUUGUGACAAAGUCAGUGAUUGUGAUAGCAUAUUGUUAGGUUUUCUGAAUAGGUUGUAUAUUAUUAAAGACAGUGCAAUGGUAGCUUUAUGUUUUAGUACAAGGUUAUAGAUUCAGAGCUCUAUAAGGGUAUAGUAAGUCAUUGCAUAAUUAGCUUUAUACCUAAAAAUAUUUUUUAUUUUUUCUUGGGCUUGUAGUUUUGUAAAUAUUUGUACUUAAUUAUUGUAUGUACUUUAAUUUGUAUGUCAUCUACAUAUAAGUUAGUAUUUUAGUCAUUGUGAGUACACACAUGUGAUAUAAGUUAUUCUGUAAACAAUUGACAACCAGUGUAUUUCAAAUAUGUUCCUAUAUUUUAUCUUAUAUUAAUGUAUCCAUAAAAAAGUGGAUAUUUUUGUUCUGAUUAUUUUACUUUGAAGAGUGUACACCAACAUUUCUUUGCACAGAGAUCAUUAUUUCAAUGAUGAUGGUGAUCUUUGUUGUCAUAGAAAAUUACGAAAUAGCGAAUUAAUCAACAUGGUUGGCAUAAAAACACUUUUUUAUGUUUUCGACUUGAAUAUCCCUUUUGACACUAGGUGUGUUAAUAAAAUAUCUUUAUGAUAAUUACAAGAGGCUAAAGAACAUUUUUCCCACUCAACUAAUAACUUCAAAAUAUUCCUAAUUAAAGUUAAGGUUAAAAUGGAGAAAGAAGUGCCUCUAUUUCGUCCAUACUGUAAUUUUAAUUUAGUCAUUUCUUUAUAGUCAUAUUCAUAUGAUUAAAAACUCUAGCAAAAUAUUUAACAUUAAAUACCAAGAAAUCAUGUAUUGCCAAAUAAGAUUGUUAGACGAUUUUGAUGCGUGAAACGCAUUUGAGAUUAAACAGUAGGUAAAAUUGACAUCAUAGGCAUUGUGGUUUGGUUACUCAUAUUGAUCAUUAAAUAUAAGAGUUUAAAUUCCCAGUGAUACAAAUUGAACUUAAAAUACUAUCUGUCCUAUAUGGAAACUUCCUACUUUAAAUUUCAAAAAUAAUGAGAUUGAGACAAAUAGGUAUAUUAUACAGCAGUUGCUGACAAUAGUAAACUAUAAUUAGACUUUAAACAUACUAUGUUUGAACCAGUUUGAAAAUGUAGUAACACUCAUAUGAGUCACAUGCUCAUAAGCACAACCAAUUUCAUGUUACAAUUUAACAGAGACUUUACACAACUGCCCCAAAAUAAGUGUACUAUUUCAGUGUUAAUGUGUUACUUUUUUAAAUUUUAGGUAUCAUUGAGAUUGAGUAAUAUUGUCUCGCCCAAAACAGGCACAAAAAAUUGGGUGGUAAUAAUGAAAAAAAAAAAAGUAUUUCAAACUUAUAAAAUGUUAUUAUUUAAGCAUUUAGAGAAGAGUUAAAUAUCUUAGCGACAGUGAACAUCUGGCAUAGUCUCACACAAACUUUUUCAUAAAAAUAUUGAUACCAGUUAUUGUUGAAAUCACAAUAAAAUGUAUCUUAUUAAAUAAAAGUUGUGACACUGC